AUGUCGUCUUUCAGCGCUUGUCUCAAUGAUGACUCGCUGGGGCCUGCUGUGCGUGGCUGUAGAGGCAACUUUGACUUUACUGUCACAUUUGAAGAUGUCGUGUUUGUCAUUGCGCCAGCUGCUCUCUUCAUCUGCCUUGGUUUCUCUCGUAUUUGGACACUUUGUCGUCGCCGUCGCCCACUAGUCAGUGCUUCGGCAGCUCAGUGGUCGAAGCUGGUUCUUGCAAUAGGUUUCGCUGUCCUGCAGCUUAUUCUCAUCGUUCUUGGACAGAACUCUUCCCAGUUCGCUUCAAAACGAACUUUAGCCGCAGCUUCUCUUGCUUUUAUCGCAGCCCUACUUCUUGUACCGCUUUCAUGGAUUGAGCAUUCAAGGGCACCGCGACCUUCAACGGCCAUCGCUGCCUAUCUUUCUGUCACGUUAUUAUUUGAUAUUGCUCGUACGCGGACAUCAUGGCUUCUCGUCCCAUCAGCUCUGGACCAGAGCUAUGCAUCUGUAUUGACAGCAUCUACUGUCCUCAAAGCCGUCAUGGUUUACUUAGAGUCACGACAGAAAGAGAAAUGGCUCGGCUGGGAUGUGAAGCAGCACAGCCCCGAGGAGACAAGUGGUAUUUGGAACCUCGGGGUCUUCUUCUGGCUGAAUACGUUGUUUAUGAAAGGCUAUCGUGUCAUCCUGACGCUGGAUAGUCUUUAUCCCCUUGACAAGGCUCUUGCAGCCGAGACACACCAAAAGCUCGCUGAGCGAGUUCGCAAUAAUCCAUACAAGGGCCAGAAAUACGGUCUGGCACAGUUAAUGCUGAGAAUACUAGCGCUCCAGCUAGUACCACCGAUCAUUCCUCGUGCAGCGCUGCUCGCCGCCAGCAUAUGUCAACCAUUUCUCAUUCAUGCCCUACUGCACUACCUACAAAGUGAUAACCAAGAACAAAGUCAUGGAUAUGGACUCAUUGGCGCAACGGCUCUAACGUACGGGGCAAUUGCGUUCUCAACAGCAUUAUACUGGUACUUCCAAGAGCGUUUCGUCAUCAUGAUUCGAGGCAUCCUCGUGCUCGCUGUGUAUGAAAAGACUAUAGAGCUUAGGAUGCCUACGGAUGAUGAUUCUGGCGCCCUGACAUUAAUGAGCACCGACGUCGAGCGCAUCACAAGAGGUAUUCUAGACCUCCAUGAAUACUGGGCCAACACAAUCCAGAUUGCUCUGUCUUGCUGGCUCCUCCAACGAGAACUUGGCGCUGCAUUUGCUGCUUCUCUUGGUGUAGUCGCUGUGUCAACGCUCACUGCAUUUGGGAUCGGCAAACUCCUCGGACCACGUCAAAAGGCAUGGAUGAAAGCAAUCGAGACGAGAGUUAAUGUCACCGCGGCUGCUAUUGCGCAGAUGAAGCUGGUCAAGAUGUCUGGUAUGACACAGCCAAUUGAGUCUUGCGUCCAGAGACUGCGAGUAAGAGAGAUUGAGAUCGGUGGGCGCUGGCGUAUGCUCCUCGCUGCAGCGGCUACUAUCUCUCAGGUUCCCAUGACCUUAUCUCCCGUUAUCACUUUUGCAGUGGCAACCAAGACGCUCGACACGACGUCGAUAUUUGUUUCCAUCUCCUACCUUACCCUUCUCGCAUCGCCUCUGAUGAUACUCUUUCAGAAGAUUCCCCAGUUUCUUGGGGCGCUAACCUGUCUUCAACGGGUCCAAUCGUAUCUGGAACGCAACCCAAGGUUUGAGUAUCGCCGUCUUGAUCCACGUAUGAUGUCAGCCACGUGUGUGGCUUCGAUUUCUCCUUCACCUUCUAUCUCUGGCACUAGCAUCACGGGCAUCGAGAUGGAGACUCUGCCGGGGAAAGGCGCCACUCGCGUGGUAAUCAAGGACGGCAGCUUUGGUUAUCUGGAGAACGUCACUGUUAUUAACCAUGUCAACAUGACCAUUCCAUCAUCAUAUCUCACCGCUAUUGUUGGUCCUGUUGCCAGCGGAAAGUCCACCCUAUGCAAAGCCAUUCUCGGCGAAGUCCCCUUUGCGACUGGAUCCACUGCUGUCCUCGGUUCCACAGUCAUCGGCUACUGUGACCAACAGCCAUUCUUGACAAAUAUCUCCAUCAGAGACAACAUCAUUGGCAAUAGUCACUUCGACGACAAGCGAUACAGUUCCGUGAUACAUGCUACCAUGCUCGACCGGGACAUUGCAAACCUCCCUCAGGGCGAUAGCACAGUGAUUGGAAGUGGUGGCAUUGCUUUGAGCGGCGGACAACGCCAGCGAGUGUCAAUCGCAAGGGCACUAUACCUUGUAGACGCCAGCCUCUUGAUAUUUGAUGAUGUCCUUAGCGGCCUGGAUGCUAGAACAACGGAUCAUGUUUUCCGAAAUGUCUUUGGGCGAGAUGGAAUGCUUCGUCGUCGAGGCGCCACUGUUAUUCUGUGCACACACAACCUUCGGCACUCUCAAGCUGCGGACCAUAUCAUAACAGUCAGCAGUAAUGGAGAAGUGUCUGAAGAGAAACCCACGACUGACAAGAAUUUGCUUCCAAACUCUGAUCUAGUCUCCGAUUCGGAGCCAGCUUCGACUGGAGCACUUGGAAGUGCACAAGGUCCAGCACCCUCUUACUCACCACCAGCUGAAGGAAUGACGGCGGAGGAAACUGCGGCGCGAAAGUUGGGUGACACAAGCGUCUUUGGCUAUUACAUACGCACCAUUGGUCUUGUUCCCAUUGUAGCCUUCACUCUCGCUUGUAUAUGCAACGGCUUCCUCAACAACUUCCCACGCAUAUGGCUCACAUUCUGGGCUGACGAUGCGGCUCGACCACAGAGAGGCUUGUGUCAAAUGCACUCUCAGACCUACUACAUCGGCAUCUAUGGAAUGCUGCAGGUACUAGCCUUGAUGUCCUUCAUGGCUGCUGUCGUGCUUGUUCUGGGCCCUUUCAUCCGUCUCAGUGGCUCGGUACUCCACCAGAGGGCGUUGGAGACCGUUAUCAACGCACCGCUGCAACUCUUAACAACAUCAGAUACUGGGACUAUUACCAAUUACUUUUCUCAAGAUAUAACCAUCAUUGAUAAUGAGCUCCCUAUGGCUGUAGCCAAUGUAGUGCUGGAUAUCUUUGGUGUCAUUGGAAUGGGUGUCCUUAUCGCGUCGUCAUCGCCGUGGCUAGGACUUACUUACCCCGCUAUGAUCCUCAUCCUAUGGCUGGUUCAAAGGUUCUACCUGCGAACGUCUCGGCAGCUGCGACUGCUGGACCUCGAGGCAAAGAGUCCGUUAUACACCCAUUUUCUAGACACAUCCAGAGGCAUCGCCACCAUUCGUGCGUUAGGCUGGGCGGGAGAAAACAUCAAGCACAAUCAUCGACUGCUGGACCAGUCCCAGAGGCCGAUGUAUCUACUUUCAAUGGUACAGCGCUGGCUGUAUUUGACCUUGAACGUAGUCGUUGCUGUUACGGCAACCGCUCUUGUAGGUUUGAUAACUCAGCUUCGGUCUAGUUCAAGUCUUUCUGGCGCGUCACUUGUCACGCUGAUGACAUUGAGUCAGUCUUUGAGUGACAUUGUGCGGUUCUACGCUGCUUUGGAGACAUCUAUCGGAGCUGUAGCUCGGCUCCGAAACUUUACUACCAAGACCGGGACGGAAGGUGUUUUGCAUGGUGAUGUAAAAGUCAAUCAGCAGUGGCCAUCGAAAGGAGCCAUCGAAGUCCGAAAGGUUUGGGCGACAUACAAAUCCAGCGAAGAUGCUAAAGAAUAUGCCCUGCAAGGAAUCGACGUCUCGAUCCGAGCAGGUGAAAGGAUAGCCUUGUGCGGUCGUACAGGAAGCGGAAAGUCUUCUUUUAUUCUCCUCCUUCUCGCCCUGUUGGAACCUGUGCAAAAGGAUAAUGUCAAGUACAUGCUGUCCAUUGACGGUGCCCUUCUCUCAUCUAUAAGUCCUCAGACGCUCCGAGAAAGAAUAAUUACUGUACCCCAGGACCCAGUAUUCUUACCCAUAGGCAGUACCGUUAAGCAAAACCUAGACCCGCUUGGGGCAGCAACGACAGAGCAGUGCCGUGAAGUUCUGCAAGCAACGGACCUCUGGGACAUGGUUGAAUCCCAUGGCGGGCUAGACAGUGUUCUAUCAGAAUCUUCACUCAGUCAAGGGCAAAAGCAGAUCUUCAAUAUUGCUCGAGCAGUACUUAAGCGGAAAACAAGCGGCAGCUCUCUACUCCUCUUGGAUGAGUUCACCAGUUCGGUGGAUGCCGACACCGAGCGAGCCAUGCUUGCGAUAAUCGAGAGAGAGUUUGCUAGUUGCACUAUAGUUAUGGUCGCCCAUCGACUGCACAUUGUUUCCGAGUUUUGCGACAGGGUGCUUGUUCUAGAUGGCGGAAGAAUUGUAGAGGACGGUGACCCUCGGAUGCUGGCAAGGGUCGAUGAAUCGUGGUUUGCGAGUCUGUUGGCAGCUGGUUGAUAGAAGGCACCACCUUUGUUUCACCAAUAGCACUAGCGGGAUCGCCAUGUCGGCAGUUUGUCCUGCGGGAUACAAACAUCCACAUCGUGUUUUCGAACUGAGAAGGUGGUGAGGUUUCGCGUG